CCCCUUCACAUUCACGCGUGUUAAAGACUAGUGAAUUGUGCCGACACAUUCAAGGCCUCAGAACAAAAUAAGGUGCCCCUACGAAGGUCAGCGGGGACACAGAAACCUGGAGCAGUAACAGCUGCAUCGGCGCUAAGGGUGUCACAGGGUUUGUUUAAUGCAGAGUUUUGCACCCUCUCCAAAGUUCACAUAAGAGACACUGAAAACCGGUUUGCUAUUUUGUGAUCACAGUCUCGACUUGAACAAAAAUUUGAUGACGGGCUCUUCGUUGUAGCAGACGAAAGUCUAACAAGAUGCAAUGGCUGGAAAUUGAAACUAGACAAAUUCAGACUGGAAAUAAGAUUACAUUUUAACCAUGAGGGAUGGUUCCCCCACCGCCCGUCAACAAGCCCCAUGUCUGCCUCUCCACCGUCCUCAUCAUGAGCAGCUUGGUGCUGAUGGAUGCCUACCUGGUGGAGCAGAACCAGGGCUCCAGGAAACUGGGCAUCUGCAUCAUGGUCUUGGUGGGCGACGUCUGCUUCCUGCUGGUGCUCCGGUACAUGGCGGUCUGGGUCGGGGCCGAGGUGAGGACAGCCAAGCGCGGCUAUGCCAUGAUCCUCUGGUUCCUUUACGUCUUCGUGUUGGAGAUCAAGGUCUACUUUGUCUACCAGAACUACAAGGCUGACCGGAAGAGCCUGGACCUUCUGGCACGCAAAGCCCUGACCCUGCUGCUGUCCAUCUGCAUCCCUGCCCUCUACGUGCUGCUGGUGGCCACCGAGCACAUGGACUACGUCCGGACAUUCAAGAAGAAGGAGGACCUCCGCAACCGCCUCUUCUGGGUCGUCAUUGACAUGCUGGACGUGCUGGACAUCCAGGCCAACCUGUGGGAGCCCCAGAAGAAAGGGCUGCCCCUCUGGGCCGAGGGCCUGAUGUUCUUCUACUGCUACAUUUUGCUCUUGACUCUCCCUUGCGUGUCCCUGUGCGAGAUCAGCAUGCAAGGGUUCAGCAUCGUGCCGCACCGGAUGAUGCUCUACCCCAUGCUGAGCCUGCUCACCGUCAACAUCGCCACCCUCUUCAUCAGGGGGAGCAACAUGGUCUUCUUCCGGGACGCCCGGGUCUCGGGCAUCUUCAUGGGCAAGAACGUGCUUGCCAUUGUGCUGAAGCUCUGUAUGUUUGUGCAGUACCGGAAGCAGCUGCGCCACGGGCCGGUGGAGUUCAGCGCCGCACCCCAGCACAGCGCCGUGCCCCAGCCCCAGCCUGCCCUGCAGCUGCUGAAAUCCCAGAACCAGACGCCUGGCCCCGAGGCCCUGGGCCGGGAGAACACGUGACCUGAGGCGGGCACCGCAGACUGGGCACGGAGUAACACGUCUGUUUGGGGUUGGACCCUAACGAUGGCAGAGUACCGCCGCCUGCCGAGCCCCUGCCCAAUGCUGGUUCCUCCAGGAAGUCUGUGAGCGACCCUUCCUUGCUUUGCACGGACAAACUGACCAGCCACAUCCUAGCUGAGCACGGGGCUGGGGAAUGGCACGGCGUAGAACAGCCAAUGGUAGCCAGCCCCUGAGGCCAGCUGGCAGACCCUGUAGAGAGGCUAUCGAAGGGGAACAGGCAGUGCCAGGCGACAGGGUCUAUCCCUGCUUGCUCCCCUGUAUUCCUUCAAUUGCAAGGGUGUCGCAGCGCGAUGGCUCUGCGGUGGGCCUGCUGGGAAUGUCCCGGGGGGACACAGUCUCCAUGGACUCCCUGCACAGUCACUGUGAGGUCAGAGUCAGGCGUGGAGUCUAACAGUGCCGGGGGGCACCCGUUCUGCCCUCGAUUGUGUCUCCUGGGCCCCUCUCUCUGCACGCCCACACGUCCCCCCCCCCACACACACACAUACACCGCUGCCUGUUCCCUCCUCGGGAGUGCAGGAUCCCCCAGGGGAGUGGUGCUGGUGCCGGAGCUGCCCAGCCCCCAGACGCCCAAUGGGACUCACUGGCUUGUGGGCCUUCUUCAUGAGCAUCUUCCUUUUUCCAAUAAAUGAGAGUCCAAGCCCUGCAGCCUCCUGGCGUCUGUGUGCAGCUGCUGCCUAAUGCUGCGUGUGUGGAGGCCAGUCGGGAUGAGCGUGUGUCCUGCUCUCUGUGAGGGCUGACAGAAGGCAUGGUGGGUGGGUAGGAUUAUGGGACAACAAGAGCUGGCUCAUUGUUAAGGUUGCAACACGGCUUCUGUUUGAAUUUUCCAUCCUCUCUGAAGCCUGCGCCACCAGUCAGAUGGGCUUGGAAAGUGCUAGUUCAGGCCCCAGGGG